GAGAGGAAGGAUCGGCGAAGGAUAGGAUACUGUUUGUGCAAGAAAGGAGGGAAGGAAAACAACGCAACACGAGAUGUUGGGCAUGGACGAAAGAGGGAAAAGCGAGGCGAAAUGAGCGAUUCGAGGGAGCAAACAGAGCAGAAGGGGGGGAGGAGCGAGGUGGGCAGCGAGGAGAGAGAAAGAGAGGACGGAGAGCGAGAGAGCGGCGUGGCAAGGCGAGCCGGGGAUCGGGUAGUGGGAUCGACAAAGCUACCUGGAUCCACGACGGCCACUUUCGACGGCAGUAACCACGAAGACGCCAUGACGACACAAUCACCCACAUCGUCCACGACUCGGCUCUCAUCUAUCGGUCUAGUCGCGGCUAUUUACCUUCUUCUGGCGACACAGAUAUGCAGCGCGGCUUAUUACGGCAAGCUUAUUGGCAAGCUGUCGGAACUUCAUCACGGGGUGAGCGGUGAAGUUUACGCGGUGGACGGGCGAACUCUGUUCAUCAAGGACUUCACGUACGACGGCGAGGCACCAACCGCCUACUUUUACGUCGGCACGUCCAAGAGCCCCAAUGGGAAUGGAAUCAGACUUCGAGACGAGAGCGGAUCAUCGGACACGUUGAAGCGGUAUCGAAGGAAGGACAUCACGCUCACGUUGCCGGACGGGAAGACGAUGGCCAACAUCAAGUGGUUCGCCGUUUGGUGCGACGAAUUCUCCGUGAACUUCGGGGACGUGAGGAUACCAAGGGGAUUCGACUACCCGAAACCGCAAAAAUUGGCCGCCCUGAACGGAGUGCACGGGGUCAGCUCCGAACCGAUCGUGGUCGUUGACGCCCAAACUUUGUUGAUACCCAGUUUCAGCUACGACGGUGAGGCGCCUGAUGCGAAAUUUUGGGUGGGGGCUGGACCAACGCCAUCACCGCAAGGUAUCCGCGUGCCCGACGAGAAUGGAAAGGAGCAACCGCUCCGCCGAUACGAUCGCAAAGCCAUAGUGCUCACGUUGCCCGGGGACGUAACGAUCCACCAGAUCGGCCACUUCGGCGUCUGGUGCGAGGCGUUCGCCGUCGACUUCGGCCACGUGCAAAUUCCACAGGGUCUUAACGUGCCACCGUCCCUCAAGAUGCUCGGGGUUUCGCCGCAGUCGAAACUGAAUUGCGAAGUUCUGGAGGACAGGCUGGCUUUCGAGGUGCGAUGGGCCGUGGCCGGAGACAGCAUAGUCGCCCAACUCGUUGGAAAACUUGACGACGGACAGUACAUGGCGUUCGGAUUAUCAGCGGAUCCGGAAAGAAGCUCGAUGGUCGGCGGGGACGCGGUGGUUGCCUGGGUCGACAAGCAAACCCUUCAAGGUUACGCCGUCGAUUACUUCUUGGACGCGAAAUCGCAAUGUUCCGGAGGACGUGGCAGCUGCCCCGACACUCGCAUACAGGAGAACACGAAUUCCAUCCGAUUGUUGAACGCGGCGCUGGUCGACGGAUACAGCAUUGUCACGUAUCAGAGGCCAUUGAAGACGAGCGACGAGCUGGACCGUCAAAUCCUGACGAACCGGUCGCAGCCGAUCAUCUGGGCCGUCGGUCCGUUGAACGAGAGGCAAGAGGUCAGCUUCCACUCCGACUAUCUGAAAACGGACCGGUUCAUCGAUUUCGGGAGGCCGCCGAUCUGGAAUUGUCCCGUCCCGGACCACGAUCUUCACGAACCCUCCCAGAUAUUCAACAACGGCGACGAGCCCGAUCAGCAACUGGUCGCGACUACGAGGCGACCGAAUCGAGCCCCUGCGACGCCCGCGCCCGCCCCUAGGAACGGUGCAUGGGAAAUCCCGCCUAUUCAAUGUAACGAGCCGGAAGACGGAGUGUUGUACGCCCAAAUGGGGCCCACUGGAGGAAAACACGGAUAUCCAGCCAUCACCGGUCACGUUGGUUGGGGUAUCUCGUGGUAUAUAAACGGCCUGUUGAUUCCGGAGAUCAACGUGGUCCGCGGAAAGAAGUACAGAUUCGUGGUGGAAGGUGGAGAAAAUCCUGAAACCCCGGCUCGGUAUCAUCCCUUCUACAUUACCGACGAUCCUGUCGGUGGUUACCAACACAAAACACCCGAGGAGAAAGAGAAAGUGAAAAUAUUCGCGGGCGUGAAACGUCAACGGGGGGUGGUUCGACCAACGGGUGUCGGCCGUCUGUGCAACUGGCUGCCCGAUCAGAAUCAACCUCUGGCCGACGAUUUCACCUCGUUCGGCGCUUACCAACGUACCCUCACCCUGGAAUGCGACCACGGCGAGCCAGGUAUCGUGGAAUGGACCCCGGACGAGGACACGCCCGACACCGUGUACUAUCAGUGUUUCACGCAUCGUUAUCUGGGCUGGAAGAUAAACGUUCACGACAGCUGCGACGUUGAACCAGCCGGGAACGAGAAUCACGAGAUUUACGUCGAUCCGAAGAAGGAAGGGGGCAGGGAGGAUCUCGUGAUCAGCCCCAGCAUCCGCGAGGCAAGCAAGGUAACGCCAACGGCGGAGUUCUUUCAGCAGCAUCCUCCUCUUCUUCAUCAUCAUCAUCAUCAUCAUCAUCCCCCUGGUGAACACGGGCUUCGUUACUCUUACCAUCAAGCGACUAACCCUGACAAGCUAAGCACACCAUACACGCAGUUACUAACGACCGCUAACAACAACAACAACAACAACAACAAUUACCUGCGCUUGAAAUCAUCACCGUCGCCGUACGAGGAGCCACUCGUCUCGAAAGCUUCGUACAACGCGCCAGGCCUGGCCGCGUCAAUGCCCAAUCGUCACGAGGUACGCGUGAAGGAGCCACAUCGUCACGCGCACCUCGACCAAGAUCUCGUCCAGCCGCAUUAUUACAAUCAUCAUCAUCAUCAUUACAAUCAUCAUUAUCAUCAUCAACUACUACAACAACAACAACAACAACAACAACAACUCGCACCGAUCUAUCGCGAACAAUCGAUGGGAGUCACGAGGCUGACACCCUCCUAUACACCUGGCCGACAUCAAAUCAUGGAGAUCCAACCAGAGCUCCUUCGACAAUCCUCUAACCAGCAAUUGUCUAACCUCGUUGCAGAUAAUCCACGACCACUGAGCCACGGGACGAAAUACGUAUAUCCGGUUACCUCCAGCCCACAGAUCCCGUAUUCGAGGCCGGCGCCUCACCAUUACGCCACCAAUUAUCAUCAUCUUUAUCACCCACCCCCCCUCCCCCGUGAUCAUUAUCAAUACAACAACCAACCGGACCAGAGGACUCAACUGAUGCUCGUCAAGAGACCGGUGUUGACACGUCGACCGAUGUUGCAGACCGCCCAUACGAUGCCCCAGCCCACCCUCGCCCUACCGCCAAGAUCGAUCUUCAUGGAACGUAAGAAGACCGUGUACAGACCCCCCUCCCCCUCCUCCUCCUCCACUUACACGGGAAGGAGAACGGCGGAGCGACCCUCGUCGCCGGGUGACCAGGAUAACCCGCAGAUCGCCAAGCUGAAGAAAAUCGAGCGGGCCAAGCUCGAAACUAAAACGCCGAGCUUCGACGAUAUUUUCGUGACUCCUAUAAAACCUGCGAGAAACACGGGAUUCGAUCCAGAUUCUAUAGUGAUCGAGAGCGGGUUUAAACCUAUCAUCAGAAACGUUGAGAGCGUGGCUCAAAAGAGAAGUUCGGAGAAACUGGGGCAAGAAGAAGAGGAGGAGGAGGAGGAGGAGGAAGAGGAAGGAGGAGAAGAUGGUCGGGAAACUUCGAACCAUAAAGCGGUCGACAACUUCGAGCCGGUGUUCAUACCUUCCCCGCCCGUUCCCACAGUGGCUACAGUGGUCAAGAAAUCGAGGAAAAAGUCCGCCAAUGGCAAACCACGUGCAACGGAAAUGGACGACAUGGAGGCUGCCGCCGACAGGAUGAACGUUCAUUACUUGCCACCGAUUUCCUUUCCCGACAACGAUCCGCCACCCUCUCCCUUUCCCUCGCCUCCAUCCUCCGGCGUGUUGAUAACCUUCGAUGGAAAAAUGUUGAAGGAUUCCAGCCUGGUCAGAUCCAUUUCUGGCGUCGAGGAACAGUCCAAGGGCAAGCUCUCCUCGGACGUUCUCAGCAGAACGCCACAAUUCGGAAGGUUCAAAGGGGAGCUACCACCUCCCAUUCCCGGCGAGGUACGAUCGUUCGACGAUCGUUCUCAGCUCGAUAAGCGUCGCCUGUCGUCGUCGGAUCUCUCGAUACCACGAACGACGAAGAACACUAGGCUGACACUGGUCGAAAGAUCAAAGAGAUCGCCGCACGAAGGACACGUACACGUUACGGAUUUUACACGAACGAAUUCGAGCUCUGAAACAAAUCACCACCAACAUGGUAAAAAUUCAAUAUCAAUGCCUCCCGUCAACACCGGUCAAACAAUCGUGUUUAACUUGUUGUAUCUAGUUUUGGCCAUAAUCGUUUGUCACGUCAUUUGAUAAAGUUGUUUUCUCGAACGCGCAAACAUUAUAUCCGACAUUGUUUGAACUUUGAUUGGGAAUAAUAUAAAUGCUAAGUUGGACUUGUAAACUACCUGGUAUGAUUAGUUGACUGAAUCAUGGUUAACGCGUCAUCGUUUACCGCAUUCUUUACCGAUCCAGGAAACAACUUCCAAUAAUGAAUGAGCGUAAUGUACAUGUCUUCGCAGAUAGUAGACGAUGUAAUCGACACGAUAACACGGGAAAGGAAUAUAACUAACCUGAAAUAAUUUCUCUCUCUCUCUCUCUCUUUCUUUUUUUUUAAUUUUAUUUAUUCAGCUAUUUAUUAACGAAUUAUUGUCCUUUAUCGUACAAGAAAGAUGUCUAACCUUUAUUUGCAGCAACCAAACUAUUUCUGUCAGCUGUCGAAUAAAAUCGAUGGCUAAUAUGUAUAGUUCACCGGAUCUCCAAUAUACCUAGAACGUAAUAUCUUGAUUAUUCAAAGAGACAAACUGUUGACACUUUCCACUUUCGAGGUGCGACGAGGAAUAAUAAAUAGAUCUCGUUAUUCUAACCUGCUGUUGAUAUCAGUUUGUUGAAUUUUUAAGGUAUUAUAUAUAAUUGUACAUAAGUUAAAUUAAAUUGUUAAUAAAGAUCGUAUAAUGGAUCGAA